GAAUUCUCUUGGAAAGCCUGGACGAGCUCCUUGCGGAGGCGCCCGCCAAGGCUGGUGUCCUUGCGUUUGACGCCGGUGCCGCGCUGACUUACAACGAGUUGCAAGAGUCUGGCUGGACAGGCAGCUACGACAAGCUGUUUGUGCUGCUUGGGGGUGCGCAUGGCUUUGAUGGUGCGGACGAUCUUGAUGGCCGUUUCUUGGCAGAAGUGCUGGGGCGCUUUGAAGCCCGAGUCGGCGCGGAGAACGUGGCGAAGGUCUCCCUGACGGAAGAUGCCAGCGCAGCUACCACCUUCCCGCUGUCCAAAGUUGUCAGCUUCAUCAGUGUGGAGCACUGUCGUGGCAGCCUCUUCGCAAGCGAGCUGAAAAGGGUCGGCAGCGACGCGCCAAACCAAACUCCCGGAAAGAGAGCCUGCAGCUCGUGGUCGGGCCAGGCGCUCUCAGCCGGUCCAGCAGGAGGCAUUCAGCGAGACCGAGCUGAAGGAGUUCCGAGACAUCUACCGGCACCUACGUCUCCAGGAUUGAGAGCUGCGGUAGAACGGACCCGCAACUAG